AUGCAGUUCACAACUGUUGCUUCUCUCGGCCUUUUCGCCGCCUUGGCCUCUGCUAGCCAGCAUGUUCCUGAACACUUCUACCAACGUCGUCAAUACAACACCAGUGUCCCAUCCACCACUCUGACCGUCUACGCAACCCAGGUGUACACAAUCACCAGCUGCGCCGCAACAGUCACUAACUGCCCAGCUGGGCAGGUCAUCACCAGCACUGUCGCUGCAUACACAACUGUUUGCCCAGUUGCACAGGCCUCAUCCGCCAGCGCUGCUGUUCUCUCUUCCUACUCCGCUCUAGCCUCCAACACCGCAAAGGGCCCCGUUUCAACCCCCAAGGGAACUGGAUACCCAACCAAUCCAUACCCAACCACCAAGGGCGAGGUUGUCUACCCAACUGCCAGCGGAUCUGAGAGCGUUGUUUUGACCUACACCCUUGGAUCAGGAACCUCUACCACUGUUGUUACUACCACCAUCAAGCACACUCAGACUGCUACCGUUUACGCUACCAAGCCAGGAUCCCCGGAAGAGUCUGGACAAGCCAUUGCUGGUGUCCUAGAUUCGCUCGAUGAGCUGACCACCACCAUCACUGGAACCUCCACCAGCACCCGCUACGUCACUGUUGUCCCAGCUGCAUCUGCCGGUGGAUUCCAGGGUAUUGCCGGCUCUGCUCAGUGUGUCCCAGUUACCGUCACUGUCACCCAAGCUCCUGUAACCGUCACCUUCACCGCCCCAGCUUACCCAACCAACACCGGCGCCAACUAUGGCGACGUUACCAAUGCCCCAAGUGCCAAGAGCGUCCCAACUGAGUCUGCACCCAACAGCGAGAUUGUCUCCUUGAGCACCGCUACCGUUAUCCCAGUCCCAUACUCCACUGGUGCCCCAUACGGAAACGCCACCAUCUCCACCAAGACAAAGAAGUGCUCUUCCGUCUUCCCAUCCGGCGCUGCCAUCCCAACUGGAGGCUACUCAGUCAAGCCAGUUGAGUCCUCCAAGACAAAGACGAAGUGCUCUUCCGUUUUCCCAUCCGGCGCUGCCAUCCCAACUGGAGGCUACUCAGUCAAGCCAGUUGAGUCCUCCAAGACAAAGACGAAGUGCUCUUCCGUUUUCCCAUCCGGCGUUGCCAUCCCAACUGGAUACCUAGUCAAGUCUGAGUCUGCUGCCCCGAGCACCCCCUCCAGCGCCUAG